CCGCCCGCCAAGCGCCAGCGCCGCGCCGCCGCGGCCGCGCUGCGCGACGAGGACAGCGACGACGAGUUUGCGGACGACAGCGACGACGAGUGGCGCCACGACGAGCUGCACGGCGCGCCCUCGCGCGCGGCCGGCGGCGCCGCCGCGCGCGCCGCAGCGGCUGCGGCCGCGGCCGCUGCUGCUGCUGCAGGCGCGGGCGCUGUGGUGGACAACCUGACACGCGAGCAGCGCGUGGCGCGGUACCGCGAGAAGAGGAAGAACCGGCAGUUCAAGAAGACGAUCCGCUACGCCAGCCGCAAGGCGUACGCGGAGGUGCGGCCGCGCAUCAAGGGGCGCUUCGCCAAGAAGGAGGAGCUUGAGGCCUGGCGCAACGCCGAGCGCGCGAUGGCGGCCGGCGCGGCCGCGGCCGGCGUGAUCGCGGCGCUGCCCGAGAGCAUCGCCGCGCACGCGUCGCUCGCGUGCGCGUUCGGGCGCGCCGACGCAGCGGGCGUCGUGCCCGUGAUGUGA